CAGGUAUCCGGACACACCUGUACAAGAGCGUAGUAUCAAUCGGUCAUUUUAUUUUCGUUGAUAUACCUAUUAUUUCUACUUUGUCCGGGCAAUUUAGGUGGAUUUAAAGCACAUUCGGCAGAUGUGGACCACGACAACACUUCGGACACCAGAUAAAGUUUGAUUUUAGUGGUCCUCGUCUGAGAAGUAUUUUCUGUAAGAACUGUCCUUAAGGAGGAUGACAUUUUCCCGGAUAGAACUCUUAUUUAGUGCCGCAGUGUUGCUCCAGGUACUCACAGGGAGCACAAAGGCCCAAAUAUUCGGCGACCAAUGUCUAACGACGUUCACGCACGGAAAAGAAAAUUUUGUCCUGGACGCCGAUGAGUCUCUGAAAGAGGGUGCAACAUUCAUCUCUUCUCCGCCCGUGACGACCACCAAGGACUGCAUCGUGUCCUGCUGCAAAGACAGACACUGUAAUCUGGCUUUGAUGGAAAACGGGGAUACAGAAGGCUCUAUCAAGUCCUGUUAUCUGUUCGAUUGUUUGUACAAACAGAAGAAGGUUUGUCGAUUCGUCAGGAAAGAAGGAUUCAACAAUUAUGUUUUAACCUCAGUCUUCGGAAGUGAUCUGGAUGAAACAGUUCCAGGUGAUGACGACGACAAACCCCCGAUCGCCAGUGCUGGCCAGGACAGAGUCGUCCAGCCUCAGGACACCGUGACCCUGAAUGGCAUUCAGAGCCAAGACGACAAAAAGAUCGUCAGUUUCAAGUGGCAUAUGUUGUCAGGGCAUCCAUUUGCCGUCAUAGAGAAAACACAUUUUGACGAUGAAGUGAUUGUGUCCAACCUGUCCUCUGGUGUGUACAAGUUCCAACUAACGGUCACAGACUCCAUCGGCCAGUCCAACUCUGCUCAAGUCACUGUUCUGGUGCUUACUCCUGAACAGUCCAACCACCACUGCCUGGUGCCCAAGAAGGUCGGUCCUUGUCGGGCGUCUUACCCUCGCUGGCACUACAAUGCCGUCUCAGAGAAGUGUGAGGAGUUCAAUUUUGGAGGAUGCAAAGAGAACCGCAACAACUACCUCUCCCAGGCCGAAUGUGAGACAGCGUGCGAUGGCAUCUCAGUCAUGCCAGGUGGCACAGGGAGAAGAGUGACACCUGUGCUCAAUCAAGUGGAGAAUUGUGGGGGACCCUGCCAGCCUGAUCAGUUCACGUGCUCUAGUGGCUGCUGUCUGGAUCGCGGGCUGGAGUGUGAUGGAACAAAACAGUGCAGUGAUGGCUCCGAUGAGGAAUCUUGCAAUGAGUUGAACAAACAGCUCGAGAAGCUUCGCAGAAUCCCAGUGGAUGAAAGUAAAGUCCGUUGCACUGAGCCCCCCAACACCGGGCCCUGUAGGGCCAGCAUGACCAAGUGGUUCUAUGACCCCUAUGAUCGGACCUGCUCUCGCUUCAACUUUGGUGGCUGCAAUGGGAACGAUAACCAGUUCGACAGUCAGGACAUCUGCGCACUGGCUUGCCAAGGAGUAACCGACAAGGAUGUGUUUGCCCGGAGGGGAGAAUUUGAACGCCUGGAUUCUAAAAGUGACAAAGGCACCCUGAUCAUUGCAGUCCUGCUGGGUGUGGCCAUUAUCGUCCUUCUGGCCUUGCUGGGCUACUGUUUCCUGAAGGGCAGGAAGGAGCGGCAGCCACGGCACCAGCGUACUGGGGUGAACGGCACGCACGCCACCACGCUGGAGGACACGGAGAAGCUGGUUUACAACAGCACCACCAAGCCCAUCUGAAGAGUCAUGGUGUUUUAGUUUUACUGUCUUAUUUUGUUUUGUUUUUUAAACUGUCAUGUCUCAAUGUUCUAUGCUUUAUCUGCCUGACAGAUUGUUGUUCAGCAACUCUGUUCUCAGGGUAUGAGAGGUCUGUGGUAAAAUGGUUUAUAUGAAUGCCUACACUUUACUCUUAAAGCUACCGCCUAUUCAAACCUUACAAAUAUUAGCCACUGUGUCAGUAACUGUCUAGUUUUAGCCUAUCAAGUAUAUCUCUUUUUGACAGAAGAGAACGUUUGUACAUAAUUGUCUUGUACUACAGUAAUACUAUGCUAUUAAGUGGUGUUUUCAUAUGCUCACUUCAAUAUCAUCAUCUUUAUCUUGUACGAUGGUUUUGUGUAAUGUAAGAAAAGCAUACAGGGGUGGAAAGUAUAUUUUUGUACCUCUGAGUUGUAUGUCUAUAGAAAGAAUAUGCUAUUUCCUUUCCCCCAAUCUGAGCCUCUGCAUUUGUACAUAGUUUUUAAAUAUUUUUUAGAAGUGACACCUGAUACAGAAAUAUCACACCACCUUUCAAAUGAAAUAAAAUCUGAAUGAUAAAAGA